UAUAAGAAAAAAAUGUUGUUACAUUUUGACAAAUGUAAGCAAUCAAAAUGUAUUAACGGCUGCUCUAGCUAGCUAUGGUGGAUUUUGCGACGUAAAAUCGUCAUCUGUCUGGACCUGACCGUAGACGAUUGAUGACGGGAAGUUAAGGCGCUUCAACUGGAGCGAGGAUAGUCGGGAAUCUCAAAACCAGGAUUGAGUCCACUGUCCCGGCAUGGGGGAUAUGAAGACCCCCGAUUUUGAUGACUUGCUGGCAGCAUUUGAUAUUCCUGAUAUCGAUGCCAAAGAGGCCAUUCAGUCUGCACCUGAAGAGGUGGAGGGGCACCAGGGGUCAAGCAGUGGUUCCCUCACAAAAUCUGGUGACAGUGGAGUUGGAGGAAGCUCAACCAUUAGAGCCCCCAGCCCUUCCACAGAUCCACAGACUGACCCAUCUAUUGUUAGUGUAAUUGUGAAGAACCGGGUUCGCUCAGAAGCCUUUGAGGGUGGUGAUGUACCAGUGACAGAGCCACUCAAUCAUAAUGGAUUUGUGUCCUCAACUGGGCCAGCUCAUAUGCCUCAGUCCCGAAGCCAGCCAAAUGGAGAGCAGUGGGCACUAUGUUCCUCAAAAGCAGAUUCCACAGGUGUAGUGCUGGGACCUACUAACACUUCCAAACAGAGCAGCAAUAUUUUCAAUAAACUGAAACCUCUAAUGGCACAGGGAGCUGGAGACCCUGUUGGAAGGGCAAGGAAAAUGCAGCUGUUGCAACAGCAGCAGCAUAUGCAGCAGGAAACAGGGUUGGAGGGAGUGGAAAAGACAAAAGGUGCUGCUAUUCCUGGUGGCACAAGUGGGCUGACAUCUCCUUUUUUUUCCCCUCCCAAACCUUACCUUCCAACUUCUUCUACAGUUCCUUCUUCAUCACCCUUAUCGUCCUCUCCUUCUGUUGGGUCACGGGUUUCAGGAACUGUUGCCUCAUCACCACUGGCUACAGCUUUGACAGAGCCAUUCAAUGGUACUCCACGCCAUGGUGCAUCUGGAUUUAGACAUAUGGAAUCUGAUGAGGAGGAUUCAGAUCCUGAUUCUGGGGGUUCACUGGUCAUUCAAGAAAGUCCAGGCUCUCCUACCUCUCCGAAGCUUUCACGCAGACUUAAGUCUCCUCCUGAGAGUUCAGAGUCUCCGUCACUCCCCCACUCUGGACCCAUGUCUUCAGUUGCUUACCCCAAACCAGGAGACAUUCCCUUGGCUUCACCAGCAUCCCCUCGCACCCAACAGAACUGGCUUUCCUCACCCGCCCAAACAGGAACUGGGAAAAGCCCACCUCCGGACGAGCGAAACCCGGAACAUGUGAUUGAGGAACGUGAUUCACCAGAAAGUCCAGAGCCUGAAAUCCCCAAGGCUUCAGUAACUAUGCCUGCAGCUUCCAAAAAAUCUUUCAGCCCAGCAGGGGCUGCAUCAUCACCAUCUACAGGCCUCCGAGAACCUAAAGAGGAAGAAGAGGAGAUGGAGGUGGCCAAAGGAGCAAAUGAAGACAACAGAGAUACCACUAAUUUAACAGGUGAAGAUAACAGACAGAAAGAUGAAGAAAAAAUGGAGGUGGAAGAUGAAAGCAAUUCUACCCAGCCCCUGACAAUCUCAAAUGUCAGUGCCCCCAGCAGUAGUGGAAGCACUGCAGCUGAUGGUACCCUUCCCUCCAGGCCUCUUAAAGUCCGUAUAAAGACCAUUAAGACCUCCACAGGAAGUAUCACCCGAACAGUUACCCGGGUAGCAGGCAAAGGAGUCAUUGCAGGCAAAGGCACAGACUCUGCGAAAGUGCAGCCAGGAAGUCGGACAGUCCCUACUAACAGAGCCCAGAAAGCAGAGCCUACAACUGGUCGAAUGGUAAAAGGUUCCAUCCUGACAAUGUCCACUCUGGAGGCCAGCAAUGCUAUGCUGGCUGCAGCAAGCAAAGCCCAAAACAAAAUUGGUGUCUCAUCUGACAAGACCAAGGUCUCUGCUACAGCUGUCAGCAUCACAAAAGCUGCCAACCUGCCGGUCACACCUGCAGUUAGUGGCAUCAGUGUGCGUGCCGCCACAGGGAGGGCGACUAACGGAGGUGCUCCUAAUGUCCAUGUACCUUGCAAGCCAGCUUCUAUCGUCAAUAGCACAGGAGCUGUUAUUUCCCGUAGCCAAUCAAGCCUAGUGGAAGCUUUCAAUAAGAUUCUCAACAGCAAGAAUCUGCUGCCCAGCUACCGUCCUGAUCUCUCUACUCCGCCCCCACCCGAGUGGGGUCUCCCCAUGCCAGCUGCAGGCUAUCGCUGCCUGGAGUGUGGCGAUGCCUUUGCUCUGGAGCGUAGUCUGGCACGUCACUACGAUAGGCGCUCCUUAAGAAUUGAAGUAACUUGUAACCACUGUGCAAAGCGCCUGGCCUUUUUUAAUAAAUGCAGUCUGCUGUUGCAUGCUCGGGAGCAUAAGGAGAGAGGGCUGGUUAUGCAGUGUUCCCAUUUGGUCAUGAGACCAGUCACUGUGGAACAGAUGAUUGGCCAGCAGGACACCACUCCCAUUGGUAUGCUCUCCCCUUCACUAUCUUCUCCGGCACUCUCAACCACCUCUACUCAAUCAGGAGCCCCAUCUAUCUCUUCCACAUCCAGUCCACAUAAGGACUCGCCCUCUCAGGGCACAGCUGCUGCCCAACCAAGUCCAGCUCGCCGUGGGCCACAGAGUCCCCAUGCCCUAAUGCCCCUCCCAUGUAAGAAGGGUGAAGUCCUGCAGUACUACAAUUUCAAAUGUCCUGAAUGCCAGACUCAGUUUACAGGCAAGGCUGAGCUCGUGGCCCACUUCCAGCAAAUCAGAGCUACCCCGAAUUCAACAUGUAUGCUUUGCUCUCCCCCGAUGAUGCUGCCUAACGGAUGCAGUGUGUCGGCCCAUCAGCGGAUCCACAAGCACCGAGCUCCCCAUGUGUGUCCUGAGUGUGGUGGCAUUGCCCGCCAGGCUAGCUUUCAGACCCACCUAGAGGAGGCCUGUCUACACUUCGCCAGGCGCAUUGGCUACAGAUGCUCCAGCUGUCAGGUGGUGUUCGGUGGUUUGAAUUCCAUCAAGUCUCACAUACAAACGGCUCACUGCGAGGUGUUCCACAAGUGCCCCAACUGCCCAAUGGCCUUCAAAUCGGCUCCAAGUGCCCAGGCUCACAUCAGCACCCAGCAUCCCACCCUCACUGCCGCACAGGCCAAGAUGAUCUACAAGUGUGUGAUGUGUGACACGGUCUUUACCCAGAAACCUUUGCUGUAUAUGCAUUUUGACACUCACUUGGCAAAGCAGAAAGUGCAUGUGUUCAAGUGUCCAGACUGCACCAAGUUAUAUGCUCAGAAGGGUUCCAUGAUGGAGCACAUCAAGACUGCCCAUAGAGGUCUGUCAGGCAAAACAGAGGCUCCACCCACUGCCACACCCCCUGUCUCAGUCGCCAGUGCUAACUCCACCUCAAGAACCAAACAGUCAGGAGUAACACCUAGCUUUGAGGAGUGCUCGCAGGAACAGGAGGAGGAAGAAGAGAAAAGGGAAGAAGGGGAGGAGCCAGAGAAUGAAGAGGAGGAAGAGGAGGACAAUGAGGAGGAAGAACCCAGUUCUCCAGAGAGUGGGAGCAUGGAGUGGAGGUGCAGGGAGUGCAAGACACGUUACUCUGAGAAGGAAGAUUACAUCGACCACAUGAAGAAGGAACAUGGCACGUCAAUGAAGAAAUUCCCAUGCCGGAUGUGCGAGCGUUCUUUUAGCUCAGCAAACAGCCUGCGUCGCCAUGUUCGUGUCAUUCACGAGGGUGUCAAGAGAGUCUUCCACUGCCAAUACUGUUCAGAGGGCAAGCGAACAUUCAGUAGUCGCCUGAUUCUGGAGAAGCAUAUCCGAGUCAGACAUGGCAUCCGAGCUAGACAGCCCAUAGACAGACAGAAUGCUCCAAACACAAGGAAACGCUUGGCUCCAGGUGAUGGGGCAGGGAGUUCCUCUGAGGCUGACUACGAGGCUGGAGCUUCGUCCAUGGGAGGGGCAGCCGAUGUAACAGACACGGGCAGUGAGGAGAGCCCAGCAAAGAAGACUCGAUCAUCUGAGGCCCGGACAGCAGAGGAAGAGAUGGAGGACGGCACAUUCCGCUGCACGCCGUGUGGUUUCACCACGCAGGACUGGGAGGAGUUCCAGCGGCACAUACCCAGCCACUGUGAUGGCGAAUCAGCCUCACAGCAGUGCCUGCAGUGUGGAGCAUGCUUCACCUCGGCUGGCUCACUCAGUCGCCAUCGUUUCAUCACGCACCGCUUGCGGCACGAGCAGGAUGGCCGCGGGGCAGUGGCACCAUCGCCGGGUGCAUCGCCGCACACCGCCUCACCCUCAUCGCCAAGGGCCGGAGAGGAGGGCGAAGCAGGCAUGAGCUGCAGGGUGUGCGGCCGCCGUUUCGAUAAGGCCUCGGACCUCAACACCCACUUCCGUACGCACGGCAUGGCCUUCAUUACUGCACACAAGACAGACAAGCCUGUGUAAGGAGAGAGGAAGGGGUAGGGGGAAUCAGAAAGUGGCGGGCGGGGCGGGGCGGUCAUACAUACAACAAAGAGGAAAAGUCACUGCAAGAUUAACAGCUUUAUACCGCGUGCAACUUGCUGGACACUUGGUGGCAUUGAAGUUAUACACUGAUUCGGGGAGAGGGAAAGGGGGUUGGUGUUAGAAUGGUUUUCGUCUCCAGUACAUCCAGCUUCUUUUUGUCUACCUUCAUGCACCUGCUUUGUACUUCACUGUUCUACAAAGACUCAAGAGUGUGGCCCUCACACAGUAAUGAAUAAUUCUCAUUUACCCACCAGUUUUGUAUUGCACUGUUGUCAGUACAUGAUAAACAUACUAAUAAAAAAGUCAGAUAUAUUAGCAGUUUGCUUUAAAACAUUGUCAAAUACAUUUGAACUGUUAUGUAUGGUCAGAUUGGUUUGAAUAAGCAACUAAGAGUAGUGUAUUUAAAGACUGAAAAAAUUUCAAACAGUUCUUUUAUUUUUUACCUGCUAGAUAAUCAAACCACCCUAGUCUAGAAUUUGUUCUCAAUUUUCAGUACAAAAAUGUUUUGGCCAACCUUUGUUUUUCUGUCUUGCACCAACAUUCGCAUUUUUACUUUACUCACCAUUCAGAUCUUUCUUACAUAAUUUACUUUAAUAUUUCAUUGUGGUGCCUAGUGUUUAUACUAGCUGGGCAUCUGGACUGGAGUCUAAAUUCACAAAGGUCAAAUUGAAACCAUUCCAUGAUUAUUAUUUAGAGCUAUGGCAUUUCAGUUGAGUUCUGCCCUACCUGAUCCAAAAUUUGAGCUAAAAUUCACAACAGAGCAUUAAAGCAAACUAAGGGUGCUAGUGAAGGGUUUUCCUGUUUUGUACAAAAACACUGACUUUUAUUAAUAACUAUAUUGUAUCAACAUUGUAUUAUUGAUAUUUAUUUAUAUGAAUCAUUCGCACUUAUUGUGAGUCAUUAGAUGACUGCAGGAUGAAACGCAGAAGUAGAAGUGACAUGGAUGUGUUGAUGUCUGAUCAGAUUUGAUAGGACUGCUGUGGAUAUGUCAAGGGGAAAAAAGGUGACAAGGGAUAUAAGGUCAGGUCCAUCAGCUGCAGAUGUCAAAAGGUCAACCUUGCAAACAUGUCAGUCAUAUAAAUCACAUGUAACAAGAUUUCACCACAGAGCUGUAAUUAAGACGUAUAAAUGCAGUACAUUAAAGGCUUGCUCUGGUUGUUUUGUUUAGAAAAUGUGAACAAGUUUAGACUUUUGUAUUUGUAUUCCUUUUUUCUCCCCUCCCCAUAGCUGAUUUCAGAUAUUCACCGUGAAAGUAUCGUUUUUGGGAAAAGGAGCCUGGGUGUAUUUUUUAUGAAUUUAUUCUAAUUAAAAAGAAGAAAGUGGGUGUGAUGAAUUGCUGAUGCAUUUUAUUACAUACAAUAUUGUUUCUUUUUUCAUUUGAUAGUAGACUUUCCUAUCCAAAGUGUCUGUGCUCGUUAAAAGCCUCAUUUCUUAAAAAUGCAUUAUUAAUAAUAUUGUGGUCAUGUGAGUCAUCUCUGUAUGGAUGUAUGAGUGUCUAACCUAAGUCACCUGUUGUAUGUUGUUUGCAUAAGGAGAAAUUCAGACAUCUAUCAUAUUCUGUGGUGAACUUGGUUCUGCCUGUUUCACUGCCGUACACUUUGUGUCAAUUCUACUUUGUUUCUGAAUAAAAUGGAAAAUUGUUACAGA